AAUAACACAAAUGGAAGCUACCACUUUAUUCACCUUGUCCUUCCUUUUCCUUUUCUUCACAACAAAUUAUGGAGUGUACGCCAGUCGUGGUAUCUCCAUCCUUGAUAAGGAACCUCCUGCAGUUCUUGACUUAAAUGGAAACGAACUCCAAAAGGGUCAAGAUUAUUACUUAUUGCCUUCGAUACUGUUGCCUUUUCUAUAUACCGCCGCCAUUAUCCCAGGUAUAUAUCGUCCUGGAACUACCUGGCUUCAACUUGAAAUUGAAGUAUUUACUUAUGGGAUAAAAGGUCUUCCAGUAACAUUUUCACCCACUAAUCUCAACGAAGAUGCAUCGAUUCACGUGUCCACUUAUCUCAACAUCAAGUACUCUAAUGAACUACCACCAGUAUUCGGAGAGUCACCGGUGUGGAAGGUGCUGGAAGGAUUUGAACCGUUUGUGACUCUUGGUGGAGCGGAGGAAGAUAGAAGCAGUUGGUUCAAGAUCGACAAAGCUUCGGAAAUAGAUAAUCGUACCUACAAGCUUGUUUCUAGCUCUGGUCGAGAUGUUGGGAUCUCAAACAGAACCUAUGGAACAAAGCGUUUAGCUUUGGCUGAUGAAGCAUUAAGCUUUUAUUUCAAACCCGCAAAAGAUGGACUUGCAACUUCAAAAUGAAGCUUUUAAAAUAAAUUACAAAAAUGAAAGUUUACUUCUUCCAAGCAGUACUAAUGCAUCUAAUAUCAAUAGAUUUAGAUGCUGAUGUACACACAAAUAGUAUUAUAAAUAAGGAAGAAGAAGAUCCUUUGUGUGUUUGUAUCGUUUCGUUAUGAAUCUUAAUGAGAAAUGGUAUUAUAUGCUCUUAA